UGUGAAAGAACAAAAACAAGUUCAGGAAGAAAUUAGUAGAAUGUCCUCUAAAGCAAUGCUUAAAGUACAAGAAGACAUUAAAGCUUUGAAACAACUUCUGUCUGUAGUUGCCAGUGGAUUACAGAGAAACACUCUUAAUAUUGACAAGCUGAAAGUGGAAACUGCACAGGAGCUAAAGAAUGCAGAAAUAGCAUUACGAACACAGAAAACUCCUCCUGGACUUCAGCAUGAAAAUACAGCCCCAGCAGACUACUUCAGAGUCUUGGUCGAGCAGUUUGAAGUACAGCUGCAGCAAUACAGGCAACAAAUAGAAGAGCUGGAAAAUCAUCUUGCUACUCAAGCGAAUAAUUCACACAUAGCUCCACAAGAUUUGUCUAUGGCUAUGCAGAAAAUCUAUCAAACAUUUGUAGCUUUAGCUGCACAACUUCAAUCAAUACAUGAAAACGUAAAGAUGCUCAAAGACCAAUACCUUGGCUACAGGAAAACUUUUCUGGGAGAUGCCAUGGAUGUGUUUGAGGCAAGACGAACAGAAGCUAAGAAGUGGCAGAGUGUGCCACGUGUUACCACUGGACCGACCCCAUUCAGCAACCUACCAAAUGCAGCAGCCGUUGCGAUGGCUGCAACACUUACUCAGCAGCAACAGCCUGCUACAGGGCCACAGCCAUCUCUGGGAGUUAGUUUUGGAACGCCAUUCGGCUCAGGUAUUGGCACUGGCUUGCAAUCAAGUGGCUUAGGUUCUUCAAGCCUUGGAGGAUUUGGAAGUAGCUCUGCCUUUGGAAGUAGUGCCACAGGAGCAACAUCAUUUGGGUUUGGAACUACAAGUAAACCAUCAGGAAGUCUAAGUGCAGGCUUUGGCAGCUCAACUACAUCUGGGUUUAACUUCAGCAAUCCCGGCAUCACAGCAUCAGCUGGCCUGACAUUCGGGGUGUCUAAUCCUGCAUCUGCAGGCUUUGGGACAGGAGGGCAACUUCUUCAGCUGAAGAAACCUCCAGCUGGAAACAAGCGAGGGAAAAGAUAGGCAGUCCUUUUAGGGAAGGGGAAGCGAAUCAACUUUGUUCAUCUGAAAAGUCUAUUUUUCUAGAUUGGUGCAUUAAUUAAAUUGCAUCCCAGGAGAUUUAUAAAAAUUUUGCUACUUUCUGUAGUCUGAAAUACAAAAUGAAAUCAUAUUGAACAACUAUUUUCUUGUGAAUAGAAACCCGUUUAUGUAUUUUUAUUUUUGGCCUUAGUUUUAGAAAUGUUCUAUACUGCAUUAUUAUUAAAGAAUCUUGUAAAACCAUCUAUUUAACCUAAUGUUAGUAGAAGAAUAUUUUUUGUUAAUAAGCUUUAUACCAUAUGAAUAUAUGCAUAUUUGUUUUUUGUACAGAUAAAAUAUAUUCUAGUACAAAUACUAGAGUUCAUAUCUUCUGUUCCUGGAUAUGGCCUUUAAAAUCUACUUCAGGGUGUUUUUGUGUAUAUGGAUGUAAAUAUAUACAGUACAGUGCACACAUCUGUGUGUAUGUAUGUGUAUAUAUAUGUAUAAAAUACAGAUGUGCAAACCUUGCCCCAUAGACAGGUCUCCUCUUUGUGUGUGCUGUUUCUCAGUGUUGCCCUGUGGUCCGAUAUCUUGAUAUUCCUAGAAGUUUCAAAUUAUGGGGCCUGGGCUGUGUCAUCAUUGCUUCUUGUGUUUUGUUGUUUAAGACCAACUGAAAUAAAAUGUUUAGUAUUUCAUAAAGUUUGGUAAAUAGUGGUUAGUAGAUUUUUUUUUUAACCUUAACAUAUAGCGGCCAACUCUAAAGAAGAAUCUGAGAUCUUGACACAGACAUUUCAUAGGUAAUUGUUCCCAAAAUGUUUGGUUUUGUUUUUAUUCCUGACCUGAACAGCAGGGCGUUGCAGGAUUUCAGCUCUGGAUGCCAUAAGGUCUGUGUGCAACAAGAGAGUUGUUGGGCUGCAUGAGCUUUUCCCUGCAAUUGGAGCAGAUAGGAUGUGCUGCUCUAAUGAAAAUUUGAGUUAGCUGUUACAAAAUGGAGUUGAUUUACUAGCUUCUCAUCAGCGCUACUUGCAUUGACUUAAAAGCAGUUGCAUAUCUUUUUUCAAUACGAGGUAUAGUACAAUAAGUUGCUGCUAAAGACUAGAGGAGGAAAAUGAAUAAUAACUAAUUUGAAGGUUAAAGCUAUUGCAACAGCGAUUUAUGGAUCUUGCAUAUUAUGACAUCAUAGCUUGUUGUGCUGCAUAUCCAAUUUGGUGUGCACUAGAAAUAGCUGGGAAAACAUCUUAAGGAGGAA